UUUCUUAUCUUUCUGUCUAUCUAUCUGUCUGUCUGUCUGUCUGUUCAUCUGUUAUCUGGCUGUCCGUCUUUCUGUUGGCUCAUCUUCGACACACCCACUCACUAUCCGGCAUUCGGUUCUCAUCCUCUCACUCAUUCUUCCACUCACACACGUAUGCAUGCACACCCUCUCGCUCACUCACUCACUCAGGCAGUGGUGGCGCUCCACUGAUUUCGCUUUUGACGAGUUCCCAAAGGCGGAGGAGGGAGAGGGCCGCCCCAUCGUUCUUCUGACGGAAUAGCGGGGAUUCCGCACGUCUUUCGUCUUCCGCAGCGGUCGACGGCCGAAUCCUUUUCCCAAGCCAAGUAAUCCCAGCAAUCCGGAGAACGAUAGCAGAACUCAAAGCGAAUUUUCUUCCUUUAACCGCAUUGUUCCUCCUGAUCCGAUCCUCCCCCCCCUUCCCCCUCGUUCUCUCAACCCAACCCUCCACCCGUUCAGACCACCUUCCCGGUUCCGUCAGUGUUUUUUGUCUCCUUGAACCUCCCAAAGCAGAAAAAGACGAACGGACUCUCUGCUGGCCCACGUAAUUGCGCGAUCGCGAAACCGACCUUGUGACUGAGGAACCUUACCCAUUCCCGUUCCAUCCACACAUCCACAACAAAUCCACCCCGAUGGCCGCAGAUGCAGACGAACGGACGCCCCUCCUCAAGUCCGGCGCCGGCGCCGUGAAGCGGGUCGGCCGCAGCCUGUGGUCCCCGGCGAACCGGAUCUUGUUUGCUGGGUUCCUCGUGUCGCUGACACUAGGACUUACUCAAGUCCCCAUCAUCUACGUCUUCCGCGUCAUGGCUUGCGAGACCUUCUACGGCACCCAUGCGCCCUUUGACGGCCCUGCCGCCAACAUGUGCCACCGUCGCGAGAUCGACGCCAACACGGCCCGCCAGGUCUCCAUUCUCGGCAUGACCACCUCCGUCUGCGGCAUCCUAAACCUGUUCAUUUGCGGCGACCUCAUCAAGCGCUGGGGCACCCGCUGGGCCCUCAUCAGCCAGACCGCCCUGCUCGGCAUCCGCGUCUCGUGUCAGAUCAUCGCCGUCUCGGCCGGCGGGCAGCGGGGCAUCGACCUGAUGCAGUACACCCAGCUCAUCGGUAUCGUCGGUGGGCCGCGGGGCUACAUGCUCGUGCUCAACACCGCCGUUGCAGAGGUGGUAGAAAGAAGAAAGCAUACCGGUGUCUUUGGCCGGCUGCAGGGCGCCGUCAUGAUCGGUACCGCCAUCGGCUACCUCCUGGGAGGCGUUCUGGGCGAUGUAUUUGGUAUUUCCAGCCCCUUCAUUACCGCCGUCGGCUGCUUCGCCGUCACCACGGUAUACGGCGCCAUCUUGUGGCCUGCGUCGCCCGAGCAGACCGACGAGGCGGCGAGCAAGACGACGCCUGGUGCCUCGGGCUUCCUAGCCCCGAUCAAAGUCCUCAUGCCUCAAAAGUACCGUCUUGAAUCCGGAAAGGUGGUCAGGAACUACGGCCUCGUCUUCCUGGCUCUCGGCAUCUUCUUUGGCGUGUUCGCCACGGGCUACGCCCCGAUCUUGAUCCAGAUGUACGCAACGGCCCGCUUCAACUUCGGCACCACGGAGAACGGCAUCCUCAUGUCGGGCAACUCGUGGAUCCGGGGCAUCUUUCUCAUGUUCAUCUUCCCGGAGAUCAUCGACGGCGGAAGACGGUGGUUCGCCGCGUCGUCCCACUCGGGCGCCCUCCACAAGACGCUCUCCGAAGAGGAGCGCAGCCUCAUCCCGACCCAUGCCGAGGACAUGGACCCGGCGCCCGGCCUGAUGAACGCCGCGGAACCGACCAAGGCGCCGCCCGAGGAGGAGGACGAGGACAGCACGUUUGACCUGUUCUUCCUGCGGUGGAGCUUGGUGGUGGACGGCAUCGUCACGUCUCUUGCUGCGUGGGCGACGGAGGGGUGGCAUGUCUAUGCCGCUGCUUUUCUGCUGCCGUUCGCCUCUGGAUCAGCGCCGGCCGCCAAGGGCGUCAUCACGGAGAUGUGCCCGCCUCACAUGCGUCAGGACGCUCUGAGCGCCAUCACCCUCGUCGAGAGCGCGGCGACACUGACGACGCAGGGCAUCUUUGGCUUGAUAUUUGCCACGCUAUCCGAGAUCGGCAAGCCCAACCUGACAUUCUUCGUCAACGCGGCUCUCGCGGUCGUCGCCGUUGGUAUUCUGCUGCUGGCGCACUACCCUCCCGCGGAAGCCACGAGAAUCGAGAACAAAGAGCCCCAAGAGAAUAGCAGUGUUCGAGGCUAGUUGUGCUGGCAACUCAUGGGUCAAGAUGCAUCGAUGCUUCCGACUUCGACCAUUGGGGGGGUAACUAACUGCAUUAGCGAUCUUGGGGCCGCUCUCAUGGUUUAUGGAGCAUAGGGGAAAGUAAAAAAAAGGGGAGUUUCUCCCUGUAAAAGUUUUGGUAUUUGCCACUCACACGCAGCUGAAUAGCAUCUGGGUUUCUUAAGGGCUGUCCAGCAGAUGGCACCGUUAGAGAUCUAGGGAGGUAUUAAUGUCCAUUGGUGAGUUGGACAAGUGUAACUUAGAGGAAGUAACAUGGUGCCCGCGGGUUAAGUAUAUACACAGUAUGGGCAAACAGGGAAAUUCAGUCACGCAUCUUGUCUGAUAUCUUGCAUCUUGGAGCCAGUGCAAGGACCCAGACAUAGACAACCCAGUGCCGAUAGUCUAGACUUGGAAACAGAUAGAAAGGCCGC